AUGCUGGAAAUUGGAAGGUCAAAUUCUCUCUUCUUUCGUACGAACACUACUUGUAAUAACCUUCUCCGAGAGCUUCAGCAAAUAUGGGUUGAAAUUGGCGAGAGUGAAGCUGAGAAAGACAAGAUGCUGAUGGAAUUGGAGAGAGAAUGUCUUCAAAUCUAUCAAAGAAAAGUCGACGAGGCUGCAAAUUCCAAGGCACGGCUUCAUCAGUCUGUUGCAUCUAUAGAAGCUGAAGUUGCUUCUCUAAUGGCUGCUCUUGGAGUCUUAAACAUCAACUCACCGAUAAAAGUGGAUAGAGGAUCAAAAUCAUUGAAAGAGAAGCUUGCAGCUGUGACUCCUCUAGUUGAGGACUUGAGAAUCCAAAGAGAAGAGAGAGUGAAACAGUUUUCCGACAUAAAGGCCCAAAUUGAGAAGAUUAGUGGUGAAAUCUCAGGAUACAGUGAGAAUCUUAACUUAACUCUCCAAGAACAAGACUUGACGCUAAGGAAACUUAACGAGUACCAAACACAUCUCCGCACGCUUCAAAAGGAUAAGUCUGAUCGCCUCAACAAAGUAUUGGGUUAUGUCAACGAGGUGCACACACUCUGCGGUGUUUUGGGGGUUGACUUUAGUCAAACAGUUUGUGAGAUUCAUCCAAGCUUGCAUAGGACAGACAAGGAGCAGUCUACAAACAUUAGUGAUAACACAUUGGAGGGGCUAGAGCAAAUGAUUCAAAAGCUUAAAACUGAAAGAAGAGCCAGAUUUCAAAAGCUGAAGGAUGUAGUGGCCUCACUUUUCGAGCUAUGGAAUCUAAUGGACACACCACAAGAAGAGAGAACUAAGUUUGGAAGAGUUACUUAUUUCGUAAGAUCAUCUGAUUCUACUAUCACUGAGCCGGAGAUCCUUUCCACUGAGACAAUUGAACAGGUGUCUGCGGAAGUGGACAGUCUCAGUAAGCUGAAAGCUAGCAAAAUGAAGGAGCUUGUGAUGAAACGAAGGUCAGAGUUAGAGGAUCUCUGCAGACUAACUCACAUUCAACCUGACACAAGCACUUCAGCCGAGAAGUCAAGUGCAUUGAUAGAUUCUGGGUUAGUGGACCCUUCAGAGCUUCUUGCAAACAUCGAAGCGCAGAUAAACAAAAUCAAAGACGAAGCACAGAGCCGGAAAGAUAUCAUGGACAGGAUUGACCGUUGGCUUUCCGCAUGUGAAGAAGAAAACUGGUUGGAAGAAUAUAAUCUGGAUGAGAACCGGUAUAGCGCUGGGAGAGGUGGACAUGUAAACCUCAAGCGUGCAGAAAGAGCUCGUGUUACAAUCAAUAAGAUCCCUGCAAUGGUUGACAAUCUUAUUAAGAAAACACAAGUUUGGGAAGACGAAACACACAAGUCAUUUCUAUAUGAUGGUGUUCGAUUGGUUAACAUACUAGAAGACUAUAAACUGACAAGGAAACAACAGGAAGAGGAAAAGAAAAGAUACAGGGAUCAAAAGAAGAGACAGGAUCUCCUGCUAACUCAAAGGGAAUCCAUUUACGGAUCGAAACCGAGUCCAAGAAGAAGCAGCAGCUUCAGGAAGCCUAAUGGUUUCAGCAUUAGCAAUGGGAAUGGCUCAGUGCCUCCCACGCCUCGUAGAAGCUCAACUCCUGACGUUCUUCUGACACCGAGAUCCUACUCUGGUCAUCAUCACCGCCAAAACGGGUAUUUUAAAGAAGUUAGGAGACUCACUUCUACUCCUUUGAACUUUGUGGCUAUACAAAAGGAAGACACAGUUUCUACUACCUACACAUCCAUUUACAGCUCUGAGCCGGACUCUCCUCUCCAAGGCUGA